AUGGGAAGGAGCUUCUUCGUCUUGCUUUCCUUAGCUCUAGUAAUUGUUUCACUUACCCAUGAAAUUAAUGCGAGAAAAAUAAUAGAAAGCCAAGUAAAAGUUUCUACUAGCCCAAAAGACGUUCAUGAACAUCUUACCGAUGAGAAAAACAUAGUCUUUGGAGGGGUUGGCGGCUACGCGGGAAUUGGAGGAGUCUCCCUCGGCGGCCUGCCUCUUCUUGGCGGCGGCGCCGGCACCUUCGGAGGGGUUGGCAGCAUCACCGGGAAUGGGCUCGGCGGCGGUCUCGGUGGCCCUGGAGGUGUUGGUGGGCUCGGUGGCCCCGGCGGCGGCGGUCUACUUCCUUGA